AUGGGUAAAUAUUGUUCAGCCCCAGGCAGUGAUGGAGCUGCAGUCCUGGUCAACCUUCCCGUCUUUAACACGAUGAAUGUUCACGUUUGGUUCUCGCAACUGAGCGCAAUAUUUCAGGCCAAGAGAAUCCAGUCACAGAGCGCUCGUUUCGCUUAUGUAGUCGAGAAACUACCUCCUGACAUCGCAUCGGAAGUUACCGACUUGUUAGAUAACGUCCCAACAGAAAACCCAUUUGACGUUCUGAAAGAAGCCAUUAUAUACAGGACCGGAAAGUCAGAGGAACGACGAAUCAACGACUUGUUCAACACGCUUCAACUCGACCAGAGCAAAUCCAACCCAACUACUAUGGAAAUUGAAAAAACCUUCUGGAUAAUAACAAUAUGUCAGAGGUUUUGCUACGGAAACUGGCUAUAUAAGCUGCUGACCCACACCGCGCAAAUUUUGGCAAUACUCCCUGAGGACUUGGACCUACUACGAGUAGCUGCAAUAGCCGAUAAAAUCGUGGAGAAAAGAACUCUUAACAGCACUCAUAUUUCUUCGACGGGCAGCACACCGCAUGACGAUAUUCUACAGAUACAGCAGCAGAUCGACGAACUGUCCACGCAACUGGAGCGACUGAGUAGAGUACGUUCGCGCCCAGCAUACAACGCAUACAAGUCUCGACACCAUAGCAGAGCUAACUCGAACACUAGGCGUAAACCAAUCACUGGUAUUUGCUGGUACCACCAAAAGUUUGGACAAGCAGCGAGACAUUGUAGUAAGCCUUGCCAUUUCAACGGUCGAUCAACACCUACUACUAAAAAACAAGCGAGAAAAGGCGUCCCCAACAGCGCAUGA